AUGCUGGGAGCCGAAGUCCCUUGAGGGUGCACUUCCCCUCCGCUCCUCCAGGGGGAGCGCGCGCUCUCCCCGAUCCGGGGCCCUUGAGUGAGCCGGCGAGGAGGCGGGACUUCCUUUGUGAGGGAGAGACGGAUGUUGACAGAGCGAGAGAGGCCUUGCUGAGACUGAUAUCCCUACGCCGACAUGGCAGAAGACAAUGAAGAGUUGCCAAUGGACGAAGAGGCACCUCCAGCGGAAGACAACCUGGAUCCGUUGGAGACCGGCAGCCCUGCCGAACGGAGUGGCCACGUGGCCGUCACUGACGGGCAGUGCAUGUUCGUGUGGGGGGGAUACAAGAAUGCGCAAGUGAGGGGCUUUUACGACUUUUAUCUGCCUAGAGAUGAAAUCUGGAUCUAUAACAUGGAAACUGGACGAUGGACGAAACACAGAACGUCAGGAGACGUGCCACCUUCCAUGUCGGGAAGCUGUGCCGUCUGCAUGGACCGAGUCUUAUACCUCUUUGGGGGGCAUCAUGCGCACGGCAACACAAACAAGUUCUACAUGCUGAAUUCCAGGUCGAACAACGAGGUCUUGCAGUGGGUCCGGGUGGAGUGCCAGGGGGUCCCUCCUUCCUCAAAAGACAAACUUGGCGUCUGGGCUUACAAAAACAAGCUUGUCUUUUUUGGCGGCUACGGCUAUUACCCGGAAGGUGAGCAGAUAGGCACGUUUGAGUUCGAUGAAACGUCGUUUUGGAAUUCAGGUCUCCCUCGAGGGUGGAACGAUCACGUACACGUCUUGGACACAGAGACUUACACAUGGAGCCAGCCAGUGACCACGGGCAAAUCGCCAUCCCCCCGCGCUGCUCACGCCUGCGCCACUGUCGGCAACCGGGGCUACGUCUUCGGAGGCAGAUACCGGGAGUCUAGAAUGAACGAUCUCUAUUACCUCAAUCUGGAGAAGUGGGAAUGGCAUGAAAUCAUCACGCAGGGGGCUUGCCCUCUUGGCAGGUCCUGGCAUUCCUUGACCCCCGUGUCGUCUGACCAUCUCUUCCUCUUUGGCGGCUUCACCACCGACAAGCAGCCACUCAGUGAUGCCUGGAUCUACUGCAUCAGUAAAAACGAAUGGAUCCAAUUUGAGCACAACUAUUCAGAGAAACCCCGGCUCUGGCACACGGCCUGCGCAAGCGACGAGGGCGAGGUGAUCGUCUUUGGCGGCUGCGCCAACAACCUCCUCGCACAUCAGAAAGCGGAGCACAGUAAUGAGAUCCUUGUGUUUUCUCUUCAACCAAAAUCUCUUGUAAGACUCUGCCUGGAGGCCAUCCUGUGCUUCAAGGAGGCCCUGGCCAGCUCCUGGCACUGCCUGCCCAAGCAUUUGCUCCAGAGCCUCAACCAGCGCUUUGGCAGCAUCAACACCUCCGGCUCUUAGGAGGAGGAGCAAGACGUCCGGUCCCUUCACUGGCCACUUUCAUGCGUGGAUGAGCCCUUCGGAGAAGAGGUGUGGAACCCUCCCGCCAUCUCUGUGUGACACAGAGUGUAUAGGCUUUUAACUAUUUCGCAGCGUACGUAGUGGCUUUUCUGCUUCGGCCUCCUUUUUCUGUUGCAUGUGAAUGGCUUAGAGAGAGAACCUAUUUUUGUGUACAGAUUUGUUUGCAAUAAAGGUAUUUAAUGCAAAGGUGGAA